UUCAUUUUACUCGUAUGAUUUUCAAUGGAAGCGGGAACGAGAACCCUUCUCCUCAGUCCCACUCCAAUUCAACGGAGCCCAAAACGCCCGCUCCGACGUCGUUUUGGCCCCACUUUCCCGCGCUUCAAUAUUAGGGCUCAGAAUUCCGGUAGUGAUUACAGAGGCCCGAAGCCGAAGACGAAUUUGGUCGCCGAUUGGGUCUCUAACAACGACGACGCCGCUCGGAGCUUGCCGAUUUACGCCGGCGGCGUCUCCCUCUUGGCCGUUCUCUUCAACCGCACCGUUUCCGACAUCGCUCUCGUUGCUGACGCCAGCAGUUCACAGUCUAGAGCUGAUUUGUUGACAUUGGGAUUGGCUGUGACCAACAUACUAGCAGGUCUGGUAUGGCUGUCAAUCAGACCAAAAUCUAUAUCAAAGGUGAAUCCCAAAGGGGUCGAAUGCCGGAGGAUGCAUUCUGAUCUCCCCACAACUCUAGUUUCCGAGUUAUUGUGGGCAUGGGAAUCUCUGUCAAAUGCGACAUGUUGCAGGUCUCUUGUUAUAGUUUAUGGUGGCAGAAAUAUACUUCAGAUUGGUUUUGCAGCUGCGUCUUCCAAUGGUGAUGGCGAAGCUGUGGCUGUGGAUGCUGAUAAACUGAUUCAAGGAUCCCUCUAUCGAGGUGUUAUGAAAUCAGGAGUUCAGAGCUAUUUGGCCAACCUAGCUCUCUAUCCUGGUAAGUCUGAGCUGCCAUUUCUACCUUCAAACACACAGGCAGUAAUAUUGCAGCCACUUGGAGACAAAGGAAUUGCAAUAAUUGGUGGUGACACAAUUAGAGGAUUCACAGCCUCUGAUCAGGCAUGGAUUUCAUUAAUUGGAGAGAAGCUGGAUGCUACACUAGCACGAUGUGUAGAUAACCUCCCGUUGUCGCAAGACCCAGUUUUGAAGUAAUUAGACUGAAGUCUAUAUAUAUUAUCAUUGCAUUGCAACAAUUGUACCCGUAAGCCUGGUUUCUGGAUCAAGAGUUCAAGACGUUUUUGGUAAUAGAGAAUGAAGAAUGGCGACAAGUUCAUAUUCUGGUGCCAGGCAAUUCUACUGCAACUCCUGAGCCAUAAGGUGGUUGCUGUAUACACUGUAUCUGUAUGUAUUAAUCUGUUUCAUGUAUUGUCAGCCAUCCGUCAGUUCGAUAUCAUUGGUCAUGCACAUUUAUAGGAUUCAAUUCAUCACAGAUGGCUCCACAGAAGAGAAACAUUAGUCUUCAGAUAUUUUUAUUCUCAUAUUAAUCAAGUAUUAUUGUGAAUGCACGCAUAUUUCGUCAGUUUCUCAA